UCAGCGAGCGAAACUCGCAAUCAUGCUCUCGUCUCUCCUUCGCGAGCAUCGCUUCCGCCUCUCGAGCCUUCUGGAAUGCUCCGGAAGCCUCUCGAGCGUCAUCUUCUCCAGGUCCAUGGGAGGGGGGCCGCGCACGUUCCCGGGCGGCUUGAACAAGUGGCAGUGGAAGCGGAUGCACGAGAAGAAGGCCAGGGAGAAGGAGAAGCGGCUCCUCGAGCAGGAGAAGCAGCUCUACCAGGCUCGGGUUCGGUCCGAGAUCAGGGCGAGCAUCGCCGGCGGGCCGGACGCAUCGGGGGAUCGCGAUCCGGCGGCGACCCAUGGCCCCAUGUCCCCGAAGGACCAUGUCAAGGCCCUGGCCGACCGGUUCAUGAAGGAAGGGGCGGAGGACUUGUGGAAUGAGGACGACGGUCCGCCGAAAGAUCCCCCGCCGCCGCCGCCGCCGCCGAUGCGGCCGGCGAGUGUGCGGUCGGGACCGAUCAGGUCGCCGAUUGAUUUGAGGAAGUUGGUGGAGGGGCAUGGUGGUGUUGUUGUUGGUAAUGGCAAGGAUGUGGAUUGGAGAGGUUUUGGUGGGGCCAAUCAUGUGGCGAGUAGGAAGUACUCGGUGGUGAGUAAUAGGAGGUUCCGGAGAAAUGAGAGUUCCUCGAGCGAGAGUGAUUCGGCCGGUAAUUCAAGGGAUGAUCGAUUUAAAUCGUCGCAUGGUUUGGAGGCUAAUCGGGCAGACUUUGAGGAUUCGAGGAGUGUUGGUGGUUUUAUGAAAAGUAGGAACUUUUCACGGCAAAGGAAAAGGGUGUAUUUCAAGAAUGAUAGUGAUACUUCUUCUGGUGAUGACGAAUCAGAGAUUGACAUGGCAGAUGAUGUGGGAAGGCCCCAAGCUAGUAAUUUGAGGUGGCCAAGAUUGAGUGCGGGUGGAGAUGGGUCGCGGGAUGAGGUGGAGGAAAUGAAUGGAGGCACAAACAUGAGGAAGAGGGGAAGUAGCGCUUCUCUCGGGAAGUAUGAUAUCAAGAUUAAGAAGAGGGUGCCGCUGAAGUUUGUCGAGGAAGAGACUAAUUUUUCACAACAUGUAGAGUUGAUUAGGCAUGAGCUUAGCAAGAAGAAAUUGGCAGAAAAUCAGGGUAAAGACGUGGACGAAGUUUCCAUUUUAACUCAAAAAAGGUUUGAUGAAUGUGACAUAUCACCAUGGUCGAUUAAGGCUCUUUCAUCAGCUGGGUAUGUUCGAAUGACCAAAGUGCAGGAAGCUACGCUCUCACUUGAUGGCAAGGAUGCUGUGGUCAAAGCUAAAACUGGAACUGGGAAAAGUGUAGCUUUUUUGCUUCCUGCUAUUGAAACAGUUUUAAAGUCACAUAGCAAUAAAACUCAGCGGGUGCCCCCAAUAUAUGUUCUUAUUCUUUGCCCCACAAGAGAACUUGCCAGUCAGAUAGCUGCAGAAGCUAGAGCUUUGCUAAAGUACCAUGAUGGUAUUGGUGUGCAAACACUUGUCGGAGGUGCACGUUUCAAAGAUGACCAGAAACGUUUGGAAUCUGAGUCAUGCGAGAUAAUUGUUGCAACUCCUGGUAGGUUAUUGGAUCAUGUAGAGAAUAAAUCCGGUAUAUCCGUGCGUCUGAUGGGGCUGAAAAUGCUCAUAAUUGAUGAAGCUGACCACUUGCUAGACCUUGGAUUCCGCAAAGACAUGGAGAAAAUUGUUGACUGUCUUCCUCGUCAAAGACAGUCUCUUCUAUUGUCUGCAACCAUGCCAAAAGAGGUUCGCCGGAUAUCUCAGCUUGUUUUAAAAAGAGAACAUUCUUUCAUUGACACUGUGGGUGUCGGUUGUGUGGAGACUCAUGCCCAGGUUAAGCAGUCUUAUGUAGUUGCUCCUCAUGACAUGCAUUUUCAAGUUGUUUAUCAUUUUCUCAAGGAGCAUAUUUUGGAGGCACCUGAUUACAAGGUCAUUGUAUUCUGUACGACGGGGAUGGUAACAUCGCUCCUAUAUUUACUUCUUCGGGAAAUGAAGAUGAAUGUUAGAGAGAUGCAUUCUAGGAAGCCUCAACUUUACAGAACUCGCAUAUAUGACGAGUUUCGGGAAUCAAAGCGACUGAUACUUGUCACAUCUGAUGUUUCAUCCCGUGGAAUUAAUUACCCCGAUGUUACAUUGGUCCUUCAGGUGGGUAUACCCUCUGACAGAGAACAGUAUAUACAUCGUCUUGGGAGAACAGGUCGGGAAGGGAAAGAAGGAGCGGGUAUUUUGUUGCUUGCACCGUGGGAGAAAUAUUUCCUGGAUGAAGUGAAAGAUCUGCCCAUUGAUAGAAUCCCUGUACCAUCUGUGGAUCCAGAUGUCAAAGUCAAGAUGGAGGACUCGAUGGCAAAAGUUGAUACAAGUGUCAAAGAAGCAGCAUACCAUGCUUGGCUUGGCUACUAUAACUCGAUCAGGGAGAUUGGCAGAGACAAAACAACACUUGUAGAGCUAGCCAACCGAUUCUGCGAGUCCAUUGGUUUGAAAAAUCCUCCUGCGCUAUUCCGAAAGACAGCACUGAAAAUGGGUUUAAAGGAUAUUUCCGGCAUCCGUGUCCGCAAAUGAUCCUUGUCUCAGUAACGACCGAGUCUUGGAUAAAGAUGAAAUGGCUUCUUCAUGUCGAUUCGGUGUCUUAUUCAUCUAACUUUUUUUUAUGAGAGAACAGUGCUUGUCAUUGAUAAAGAAGAAAGUGAUCAACCAGGGUUAAUCAAUCUGGAGACGCUGUGUUUCUGAUAUUGUGCUUCUUUUCUGCCAGCAUGGUUGUCAUCUUCGAGCUCCCUGUUUCAUUUGUCCUGCCGAUGUGCCAUAGAUUUCCUGGAAACUGUGGUAGAGCUUCUUGAGUGUGGAGCCACUAGAUUUAAGAGCUAUCUUGCACUUGCAUUAGCGUUUAACCUUAUAUCAACACUUGUUAAAUCGAUACACAGGGCUCAAUGUACUGAAUGACUUCAUUCAUAUUAUGUUUAUUAACCCAUUCUGUGGUA